GUGGGGAAAGCGGGCGCUCGACGACGGACCAAGUCGGCCUCCGAUAUGUCCACAAUAGGAGCUGCCCUCUUGCCACCAAUGGCUUUCUUGGCCGUACCAAGUACACCUCCCCCAGUGACGAAACCUGUCCCACGCAACACUGGUCUGGUGUCGGAAAUGCUGAACACUUCUGCCAUUGGUCGACUGUCACACACUGCCCCGCCUGUUAUUGAUGAUGCCUUCAGUGACCCAGACAGUAGCCUGUACGAUUAUGAACAUAUGAAUGACCCAGGAUAUGCCACUGUGGAUUUUGGGACAUUGGAGAGACGGCGACAAGCAGAGAGGGAGCGUCUGGGGUCCCCACGCAACACACCAGUGGACAUUAAUGAAGCAGAGGAACAGUCACAAGGCCAUAGGUAUCACAUUCUGGAGCCAUCUGAGAUUAAACAGGAGCUGGACGGGUUACAGCAGGACCCAGUGGCAGCACUCUAUGCUGUCCCUAACAAGGUCAUCUCACAGAAGAAACAUCACCGUCACAGCGGGUUAGCAAUAGCGGCGGCUGCGGAGCAGCACGUUGACUCUGACCCUGAGGAGUCCCUAGCCAUGAAGCGUUAUCACCAAGAGGACCUGGCCACUACCCCACAGACGCUGCGCAGGACUGUACCCAACACGGCACGCGAGGUCCGCGAUGCCAUGAGAGCUGUCAGGGACCUCCCGGCCAUCGACUCGGAAGAUAAUCUGGCAAAGAAUGACCUGGAUAAGAACAGUGCAGAACUCAAGGAAUCAUUGCGAAAACUCAGGGAUCAUGAUAUUUCCAUCGAAAGACAACAAGAAGUGUUGAAAAGACUGGAGGUCCAGAUUAUUGACCUGCAGAGAUACAGCGAAGAUUUACGCUCUGAGAACUCUGCCCUGAGGAAAGGCGAAGACAGGGUAGGCUCCUCAGUGUUAAAGAAACAGUUACACGAGCUGAAGGAAGAUUGUGACAUCCUGAAGAGCACAGUGCAUCGUCUGAACAUAGAGCUGAGCAAGUACCAGGCCAAGUAUCGUCCAGUGCAGUAUGGCAGUGAGGCUCAGGAGAUUGUAGGAUUGCCCUCGAAAGGCCCAAUUCCGUCAUGGCUGAUUAACACCAAGUACCUGGCCCCCUUGUUUCUGGCCUAUGAUGAUGAGCUGAGUAAGAAGGACCAGGCUAUUCAUCAGUAUGAGGAGAUCAUGGAGUCAUUGAAGAUGAGGACAGAGGAGGUGGUGAAGGAGAAUGAGGUGCUGGUAACCAGGAGUCAGAAGGGAGGUUCUGGCGACCAGGACUGGUCCAAGCUUGAGGAGCAGGCCAGGCUUAUACUGGAGGAGAACCAGAUUCUUAUGGAGCAAAUUAAUGUCCAGCAAAACAAGUUCAAAGAUCUACACAAGGCACAUUCACAGGAAAUGGCCAAGCUGUCACGGCGUGUGGUGAGUAUUUCCUCUGAGAAGGCAGACAGUGAGCGAGAGAUUGAGCAGCUGAGAAAGUCUCUGAAACAACUGAAGGAGAAGUAUGAUGAAAGCUUGGUGCACACAGAAGAUAGGACCGUUCAUACGGUCACAGAGAUAAAGAGAACAUUAACAGAGUCAAAGGAAAUUCACCAGAAGGAAAUAGAAAAUCUCAGCACCAAAUACCAGGCACUUCAAGUAGAACGCAAAAAUCUGGCUUAUGAGUUGACUGAUUUGAAAGCCAAAAAUCAUGAGUUAGAAGCAGAGGUGAAGUCCUCACAGAAGGCCCUGAAGAAAGUGCAGAAUAAAAUCCAGUUGAUGAACAAAGCAUUAGAGUUGUCUGAGAACAAAGAGCUGUCUGCCCAUGAUCACCUAGCUGCACUGAUUAAACUGGCUGAGAGAAAUGCCUUUGAGAGGGACACCUAUGCCAAAGUGGCUAAAGAUCAGGAACAUGAAACCAGGAGAGCCAUGAACAAGCUAAUAGAGGGGAAUGUCACAGUGGGCAAGCUGGAGGAAAAGCUCAAGACGUAUAAAGUAAAGGCUGCCGCAAAACUGAACACAGUGGCUGCCAGGUUUUCUGAACAGGAAGAAAAGUUUCAAAGUGAAAGGCUCGAGUAUGAAAGAGAGAUUAAACACUUGAGGCUAUUGGUGAAAGAGAAGGAGUUGAUGCUACAGUCAGCUGACACUGAGAAAAGGGCUGUGGAGGAGGAUUUAGAGGUGAUGUGGCAGGCAGCAAACUCAGAGAACAGAACUAUGCAGGAGACCCUGAGGAAAAGUGUACGCAGACUACGCCACCACAAAGGCUUGCAGGGCGUGUGUGAGCCUGACAACCAAGAACUGCUUUAUGUGUCUUCUGACGAAGACGAUGUGGAUAAAUAGAAACAUGCUUGUGUGUUGUCGGUCAGUAGCUGUUAGGUGGAUGGAUAAGGUGUGCUCUUCAUGAUUACAGAAGCAAGAGGUGCUGGGUGACAGGGAAUGUGAUCUGUUGACACACCUGUGCUGAAGUCUCACACAGAUAACAGUAUUUUACACAGCUGAAGGGUCAGGUCUUUACUGAGUAUCCCAGGAACUUUGCUGAUUAUGACUGGGAUUUAAAGGUGGUUUAGUUAUGAGUGUACCUGUGCAAGAGUUCAUGGGUAAAUAAAAAAUAAGGGGUGAUAUUGAUCAAGGUACAGGCCCUGUGAUUUGUUAACCCUUUGGAUAAGUGUAGUUAUCUCCCUUGGUUUGCCCUGGGAAGAAAUAUAGGACUGGGUUAUUCACCAUGAUCGACUUUCAGCUGAAAGACCUUUGCACCUGUUCAAGGUCAUACGAGUAAAUGUCAGACAUUGCCAAUCACUGACAUGCUCAGUGUUUCACACAGUAUCCAGCUGAGUGUCCACCGGGACACCAUUAUUGUGAAGAACUUGUCCUGCUCAAAAGACUAUGUCCAACACUACCUCAAGGGGAGAUAAGUUCCUUGGAAUGGACAGUCCAAGAAUAUUUGAUCAGCUAAACCUUCACCUGUCCUCGGAGAGAACUCAUUUUUUGUGCACAUAUGGUGUCAUUUGUGGCUAUUGGUGACAAAGUACUGUACAUUUUUGUUGGGAGAUUAGAGGUUGUUCAGAUGUUUAAUCAUUCCGUCCAAGUUUGUGACAGAAUGGUUGCACAGCGUGCAACGUCCAAAGAAAAUACACUUCUGUCCUGUUUUGUUUUUAAUCGAAAAGGACCUUUUGAUCAGCCGAAUUAAUCUUUGAGGCAUUAUACAUGUGUUAAGUUAUUUAUUAUUCUACAGCUUGUUCUGUAUGGGUUUAUGCUUAGCAUUUCAUCAUUACAUGAGUACUGCAUUCUUCAGUGUGGUGCUGUGCACUAGCGGACCAGUUUAUCCGUCCAGACAUUGUUUUAUGUUUAUGUAGCAUGUGUGCUUUUGCACUGGUUUGUGAGCAGAGUAUUCUACAUGUAUAUCUUGUUUUCAUAGAUUGAAGACCCUCUUUGUUUGAGUGUCGACAAAAAUUUCCAUAAUAUCAGUGG